GACCAACCAUACUUACCCAGCAACCCGCGUAUUCUUGUAGGUACCCUUCUCUCAAGAGUUGACUUAUAAUUUUAUCAUUUGCAGUACACACCCAGUUUCAACUACUUGCAGAAAUUUCAAAUUAGUUGAUUGCAUCCAUUUGCACGGCUUCAGACUAAGUCACUGCUCCUCUUCAGUCUUCAGCUUCCAAAAGUAUAGCUUUCCUCAAAACAAGAGGAAAUCUUAGCUACCUAUUUGCACAUGUUCAUCCAGUUUACAUAAGGCGCCGAGCCAUUGAGUACCACACCAUCAUCCGAUUCCUGUUUUCCUCAUGGCUUCAGUACUAAAAAUCUCAGGCGGCUUUUAGUAUUGUUCAGAGCAGUACAACUAGCCAGAUGGUUUUCAGGCGAGAUUCAUGAGAACACCCUUCCUCGCCCAGAAACAGAAAAGUUUAUCCAUGCCUUUCCUUGGACUUGCUGCUCGCCUCCUACUCUUCUUUGCCUCUCCUACCAGCUUCUGCACGGAGCAGGAGAGUAGCUCUCUCAUCAACUUCCUAGAUGGGCUCAUGCCAGAUGGCAACGGUGAUCUCAACGAUUCAUGGGUGAAUGGUACAGACUGCUGCAAAUGGGAAGGCAUCAUCUGCAGCAGCGAUGGGACAGUCACAGAUGUCUUGCUGGCCGCCAGAGGUCUUAAAGGGGGCAUCUCGCCAUCCCUCGUCAAUCUUACAGGCUUGUUGCACCUAAACCUGUCCCAUAAUUCGCUCGAAGGCAGUCUACCAAUAAAUCUCAGUCUACCUAGUUGCGUUACGCCUGGCUUUCAAUAAAUUUCAUGGCCAGUUCUCACCAAAGCAUUGGAAAUCUCAGGUCCCUCUCCUUCUCAAUUACCGGCAACUCUUUUACAAAUAUCACAAAUACACUUCAGAUGCUCAAGAGAUGCAAGGAUCUGACCUCCCUGAUGAUGGGAACCAAUUUCAAGGGUGAGACCAUACCACAUGAUGAAACAUUUGAUGGUUUUGAGAAUCUUCAGGUAUUGACGAUAGAUGAUUGCCCAUUGACCGGACAAAUACCUCUUUGGAUAUCAAAGCUUGCAAAAUUGGAGAUGCUAGAUUUAUCAUUAAAUCAACUCACUGGACAAAUACAAUCUUGGAUUGAUGAACUGGGCUUCCUGUUCUUUCUAGAUAUAUCAAGCAACAAACUUACAGGGGAUAUACCAGCUGCAUUGACAAAGAUGCCAAUGUUACUAUCAGAGAGAAAUGCUGCCAAGUUGGACACAAGGUUCCUUGAGUUGCCUGUAUUUUGGACGCCAUCACGUCAAUACCGGACGGUCGGUGCUUUUCCCAGCAAAUUGUGUCUGGACAACAAUAAUUUUACUGGUGUAAUUCCCCCUGAGAUUGGUCAGCUACAAAUGCUCGACAUCCUGAAUUUAAGCUCCAAUAGCUUAACUGGUGAAAUACCACAAGAAAUCUGCAACCUCACAAACCUGCAAAUUCUUGAUCUGUCGAACAACCAGCUCACAGGUGAAAUAGCACCAGCCAGCCUGGUAACCCGGCGGAAACUGCAUUUUAAACUUCUUUGUCAUAAUUUCGUGUGUAUGCGUGUGUCGAUCUUGGUCCUUGGCUGAUUGAUAGGUUGAUUCUGAUCAAGUGCAAGGUUGUAAAUGUUCCAUCGGAUACCUUGUAGCAAAAUCAUGUCCCUCCCUUUCUCAUCCAAAGGCCCAUAAGCCGUCAGUGCACUCAGAUUCCAAGAUACUGGCAACAUACAUCUUACGACUGAGGACUCACAUUACCUUGUAAAAAAGAUUCCGAGAUCUGCUCUAUGAGGCAAGAGGCGAUCAUGGCAGUUGGCAACUGUAGGAAAGCAUCUACCUGAUGCACAGCCAGCAAAGGUUUGGCUUAACCACA